AUGGACGAUCUGGAUGUAGCACUGGUCAAAACUGGAGUUGGGGAAAAUGCCCAGACAAAGCAGACAACAGGAAAUAACUCAGAGGUGGAAGGAGAGACACACACAAAACUAGACUCACAUAAUUGCGUUGGCCACCCAGAGGGGAUCAACCCAAAUGGGGAAAUUUUAAUAAACACGAAUGAAAGACACGAUGAUGAUUUAGAGAAGGAACGAAAUGAAAGAAGCAAAAAUAAUAAACUAAUUUUUAACAAAAUAAAUAAUCUGAAUAGUUGUCCAAAUUUCGAUCAAGAAAAAGGGACAGAAAUGAACAAGUACGAUUAUGCAUACGAAAGGGAGGAGGUUUUCUCAUGCGAAGAUGCGUUUGCCGAUUCGGUAGAAAGCAAUAAUUUGAGCUCUUACGACGAGGAGGAAAGAGAACAGAUCGAUCCAUUGAAUGGGUACGAUAAUGGGCAUACUUCUAACAACAAAAGAGGUAGUGAAAGACAGAAUUGUCAAGUUAUUGUAAGGAUAAAGCCAAGAAUUAGAACGAACAGAUUGGACAAAGUGAGCAAGCCGAAUGAAAAUGACCCUAUCGGGAAAGGAGGACCUUAUGAAGAUGCGAAAAGUAUUCAAUAUAAGAACAAUUGCCUGUACGUACAUAACCAGAAUUUUUCAUUUGACAAAAUAUUUUCUGAAGAAACAAAGCAGAUAGAAGUUUAUUCAUAUCUGUCUGAUAAUUUUUUAAAUAAUUUGUUUGAAGGUUAUAACUGUACCAUUUUUGCUUAUGGACAGACGGGGUCAGGAAAAACCUUCACCAUGGGAUUUGAUUAUAUGAACGAAUUUUCCCAGAGUGUAGGUAUUUUGCCUCGAUUUUUAAAUGAUAUGUUUAAUAUAAUUGAGAGAAAAAAAAAGAAAAUCGAUUUUGAUGUAUCAUGUACAUACAUCGAAAUUUACAAUGAAGAAAUUAUCGACUUGAUAGAUUUUAAGGAAGAAGAUUAUCAUGAGAAAAUUAACUGUAAAAAUGGAAAAAAAAAUAAAAAAAAAAAAAAAAUUAAUAAAAAUAUAUCCAUAAGGGAAGAUAUAAGCAAAAAAGAAAUAAUACUUAUGGGAAUUAAAAAUGAAAAAGUACAAAAUGUUAAUGAUGUGUUCACCAUCCUGCAUAAGGGAAAUUUAUUUAGGACCACAGAAAGAACAUUCAUGAAUGAUAAAUCCAGCAGGUCUCACGCAAUCUUCACCGUUAAUCUGAUUCAGAGAAAAAAACAAGCAACAGAAAAUGAGAAAAAUAAAGGGAGCAUUCUGGAGGGAAAUCCAAACUGCAGAAACGAACAGUGCGCAGUUAACGAAUUGGGAGAAGAGCAAAAAAGACACAGCUUAGGUGGUAGUAGUAAUGUAGAGGAAGAGGGUGGUACAGGCAAGGAGGAUGCACACACGAAUGCUGACGAAGGGAAGGAAUGUGAUUUUUCAAAUGAAAGUAAUAAUAACGCGAAUUGUGUAGAACACACAAACAAGUCAGAUGUAAUAUGUUCGAAAUUUCAUUUUGUCGAUUUGGCUGGAAGUGAAAGAGCCAAAAGAACAGAAACGAAGGGACACAGGUUUAAAGAAGGAAUUAGUAUCAACUAUGGACUUCUAUCCCUAAGCAACGUUAUUUAUAGCUUGUCUAGUAAUAAAAAAAGUCAACACAUUCCUUACAGGAAUUCCAAGCUGACCAGAAUACUUCAAGAUUCCCUUGGAGGAAACAGCAAAACAGUUAUGAUUGCAUGCAUCAGUAUUGACCCUGCAGACUUUUACGAAUCCUUAAGCACUAUCAAAUAUGCCGCAAGGACUAAGAUGAUUAAAAACACCCCAGUCAUCAACUAUGACAUUAACAGCGUAGUUAUAAAUGAUUUGAGGAAGCAAUUAUUCAACCUAAAUCUAGAGUUGAAAAAAUACAAAAUUGAAUGCAAGGAUAAAUCUUCUGAGUUGAAUUUUACUAGGGUUAAGGAAUUGAUCAGCCAAAAUAAACUAUUACUGCAAAAAGUGAAAGGCUUAAAAGUGAAGAGGAAGAAAUUGAUUUGUUUAAUAUUUCAUUAUAUGAGCUUGUUAAAGAGGCCCAACUAUGCAAUCACCGAUGGUUCACUUCGCUCUAACGUGGUUGAAAGUGUUAGAAGUAGUUCUGUAAAUGUGCUCAAUCAAAAUGGGUGCAUCACCCAGGGGGAAAAAAUAUGUACAGGGGAAGAUAUUCCCUCCACGAAUGGGCAAUUGAUUGAAGGAGAUGCCAGUACCAUCGUUCAUAUUGGCGAUAGAGAUGGAGAAAACCCUAACCAUAUCUCUUCUGCCUCAAUUUGCACAAAGGGGACUAUCAUGCUAGACGUCCCUUCCAGUAGUGGUAUUCCCACCAGGACCCAUUUCACCAUGAGCGUGGAUUCCUUUUUUCAAAAAAGGGAUAACCUGGAUAAAGAAAACUCUGCAAAUGUGAACAGCAAAUUGUCUGAACCAGCCAUUUUAAUACAUGAUGGCCAAUGCGCAAAUGACAUGGUCCCCCUCACAAUGAAGCGAACCUCCAUGGGAGAUGCACAAUCGUGUUAUUCCUGUGGCUUGAAAGAGAGUAGUAAUGAGCAUCUAGUUGAGAAGAACAGCAAAAAGGAACACGAUAUGAACAUAGUAGUGAGUAGCGCUUCGUACGAAAUGGGUGCGAGUGAGAACUGCCACUGCGUUGAGAAGGAUGACCAGAUGAACAAAGCGACGAAUGAUAACCGCAGCAACGUUCAAGAAGGUGUGAUGUGUGUAGCGCAAAACGCCAAUGAGAGGGACGUUCUGACCAGUAUGCCAAAAGAUCCCUCAAGGGUGAUCUCAUCAAAUUUGAUAGAACCUCCAACAAAAGAUGCACCCAACGGGAAUAUCCUCCAUGGAGACCACACCAUAUGUACGACAUGUCAGAAAACAAAAAUGGUCGAAUACAAGGAAGAUGCUUGCGAUUGCGAUUUCAACACGCUGGAGAAAAAAUACCUGUUUGUGAAUUUAGAAGAAGAUAAAAGGUGCGUAGAAAACAUGUUCAGGCAGUUUGAGCUGAACCGAUAUAAUGAAAAGAAGCUGAAAGACCUGAACAAAAAGUACAAUUCAAUUUUUGAAAAAAAUAAGACGUACGAAAAAAAAAUUGACGAACUGAAAAAAAUGGUGAGGAGGAUGAAAAGGUGUGCAAAACUGAGUUUGGACAGCACGUACGACGGGAAGAAGACAAAAAAUAAAAAAACGCCAAAAGGUGGUAAAAGGGGUAGAAGUGGAAGACGUGAUCGGCAUGUCGGAGGGGGUGCAAAGACGAGGCCCCCCAAAAGACAGUACCACCCAGGUGCAACAAAAAAUGUUCUUCAUAGUCCAUCGAAUCAUGACAUUUUAUAUAAACCUAACCGCGACCACUUUAGCGAUGUAGAAUUCGAGAGAAAAAUGAAAAGCAAAAUGUUAAAACAUUUUACAAGAAAAAAAAACUUGACGGAUACAGAAAUCAUUGUGACGGGGAGUAACUCAUUUUGUUUGUAUGGGCCAAGCGGGUGUCAUGAACAGGCACGGCUGAUGGAUCUGCUUCACCAAAAUUUGAAUUACCACAAAAAGGUCAACCUGUUUGACCACACACAGUUGAACACCUUAGUAAGGGCAGCAAAACACAAAAAAGGAAUGAACAAAAAAUUAAGAAAAAGAAUGCUACAUUUUGAGAAUAAUGACAGCGUGUCCUCAAAUUUUAUAUACUCAAGUAACAAUGUUGAUUGUGGUCUAUUUGAGGACACUGCAGAAGCGGGUGGGUUACCAAUGGGAAGUAACGGCAGAAGGGAUGGGUCAAUAAAUGGGGAUGAAAGAAACCCCCGAGGUGUGAGAGAUAAACCAAAAAAAAAGCACGUGCAAGGGGAAGUCACGGAGGAAGGGUUGCACAUAUCACACCCCUAUGACAAUUUCCCAGGAAGUGGAAAAAUGGAUAACCUCCAUCUUGUGAAUUACGCAAGGGGAGAGAUCAAAACAAAAUGGCACACCAGCGAUGAGGAGAUGGGAGAGAUGGACGAGGAGGAAGAGGACACAUGUGAAAGCAGCCGCUCCAGCAGCACUGACAGUAGCUAUUCCAGCGAUGAUGUAAGUGGCCGCAGAAGUGGCAAUGUGUCCCCCAAGUUUCUAAAAAACAAACUAAACAAGCUGCAAAAAAUUAUCAAGGAAGACAUAUGUAAAAUAAGAAGAGUAAAUAAGGAGAAAGAAGAAUACAACGCGAAAAAUGAACUCCUAACGAACAGUAUAAUGAAUCUGAAAAAGAAGUUACACGAUUUACAGGUCAACAGUCAGAAUAACAAGAAUUGCAAGAAGAUAGAAAACAUGAAGGGUGAAAUACAAAGAAUAACAAAUGAAAAACAGAAGAUUCAAAAAAAAUUAAACGACAAUGAGCAACAAAUUAAACACUUAAAGGUAGACAUUUUGAAAAUGAAAAAUAAUUUUUUAAAAACCAGUACUCUGUUGAAAGAAGAACAGAGAAAGCAUACCAACAUUAUUCGCAAAAAAGAAAACAUUAUUACAAAGUUGCAUGAACGAGAAGAACAUUACAUCAAUAAACUUAAAAAAAAAGAAGAAAUAAGUAAGCAGGCAUAUUCAAAAUUGCUCAAAAGGAAUCAAGAACUCAAUGAAGAAUUAAAAAAGUUAAAAAGAAAAGGGCCAGGUACCAAUGCCAGACGGGGUGACAGAAAAAAGGGUCAAAAAAAUCGGCCACCUUCUGAGGGUAUCAUCAAUGGCAACAAAUUGGACCAUGUCUCCACACGGCUUCAAAAUGUCACAUCGGACGGGAUGUACAUCUCCAGUUCGUUACGUGAUGAUGAUGUGCACCAUUAUGAUGACCCCGACGAUGAUAACGACAGUGGUGAUGUCCAACACGGGGAGGAUGCCACUUCUCUCCAGAAUGACGAAUUUAAUGCCUCGCCUCUAAGUACCAUCCUGUCCGAUGGGGUAAAAUCGGCCUACCUGAAUUCGAGUCCCUCUGUGUGUAACCCAGAAAAUAAUAAGAAAAGCCUUUUCUCUUCCCACCCCUUUUAUAAGUUCAAUAUGAGCGAGUUUGAAUUUCAGAGCAGCUUCAAAAAUGAUGUGAAAAUUAAAAGCUACUUGAGGGAGUUUUUGAAAAAGAAAAUGAAACUCAGCUCCGUUAAGGCAAAGUUAGACAAGGAAAAAAGUAUGAACAGACAGGUUAGGAAAAUUCUGCAAGCCCUGUAUGUAAAGAAGAAAAAUGAAGAUGAAGAAAGGAAUAAUGCGGAAGAAGACUUCCCCCGGAGAAGCCCAAGCGUAGGGGCAGAAGAAAGAUCCACGCAGAUAAGUUGCACGGUUAAUGCAGGUAAAGAUCGAGCGAGUAGUUCCGGAGAGCUCAUGGUAGAGCAACCGAUGCGGAACACAGUGACCACUGUUGACAUGGAACAGCACGGGCAAAACCUACGCGACAAUCGAAGCGAAAGUAAGGCAGGCAAACCUGUUAAAGAAAAUUCCAUCCCUGUGAAGGACAAAGACACGGGAGAAAAAUUACCAGAUUUAUUACGCGAUGACAAAAUGGACGAAGAAGUAGUAUAUUACGAAAACAAGUUGAAAGAAUCGAAUGAACUUUUAAAAAAACUUAAGAGGGACAUUGUCACAAAGAAGGAAGAAUUCAUUUUACAAAAAGUGGUGAAAGAUUUGCUCAAGAAGUUAUAUUCCAAUUUUAAAAAAAGGAAAGAAAGUGAAAGAAAAAUAAAAUCUUUAAAAAAAUUUAUCUACUCAGAAAAUUUAUUUAUAUCCAAAAUAUACAACAACUUUUUUUACCUUACAAAUGUGGUGAACAAUUCAACAUUGCCGAUUGAUGGCCCCCCCUAUUUGAAUAACAACCCCAGGGACCCAUUUUAUUCGAACCAAAUGAAUGAUACACAUGAGGGUCAAUUCAAUGGAGGGUUGCAUUUGACUUGUGCAGAGAGGUACACAAAGAAUAACUAUGCGGGAUUAGGUGCUCUGUUACCCAUGUACAAAUUUUAUCAAGCUAAGGAAGUCUUUUCACGAAAUGGCGCACAGCGUGACCUCAUGGACGGCAGAAGGAGAAACACGUUUAGCAUCCUGAUGGGUAUCAACCCUAAUGAUGAGAUGAACAAGAGCUACACAAAUUUGAAAAAGAGGAGCUAUAAAAGUAGACUAAUCGAAAAUUUGCACCUCAACCAUUUUAACAAAAGGAGAGUUGUUCUAUCCAGAAGUAACAACGUGGUCGAAAAUGGCGAAAAUGAAAAUUGUGAAACAAAAUGGGGGAAGAGACAUUCGGACGGAUUCUCUUUAAACAGAAUGCGUGACACACAAGAAGGGUUUGAAAUUGAGGCUAAGCUUAAUGGAGGGGUGCCAACUGAAGAGGGGCUACACGACCUCCCCAAAAAGUAUGAACACAUAAAUUGGAUGCCAAAUGGAGCGCUAACGAAUGUCAACCUGAAUGCUCUUAACCUUUUGCAUGAUAACAAUAUUUUUGGCAAAAGCGACAAGGGAAACUUUAUUCGUGGAGUAGAUGGUUACAAGGGAGGGGGAGAACACCAUGCUGUACACGCUGUACACGCGGUAGGCGCGGCGGACGCGGAAGAAUGUUCCCUUGAGCACACGUCUUAUCAUGCGCUGCCAAAUUUAAGAAUGAAAAGAAAGACCAUAGAUAACUGUUACAUUUAUGCGAAUAAACAGAAUGGCGAUAAUUUCCUGGACUACUACCAAGACGUCUUUUCGCGGGGACAUUACGACGCGAACGGGGCUAAGGGGGAAAAAAGAGACCAUAUUUCCUAUAUGAUGAAAAAGGACAGCCAAGAAUUAAACCGUGCAUUGACAAACGUGCACAUUGAUGGAGAGGACUGUCUAGCAGGGGACACAGUGAAAAAGGACGACGGUACGAUUGGCGGAAAGUAUGACAAUAAUGAUUGCUCGGUAGGCACUGGCACCGGUAUGUACAGCAAUCCAUGUGUCAUCCCCAUCGCGGAAGAAAGCAAAGCAAACUUGUUGCCCCUAUUAGGUAGGAGGGAUCAACAUUGGGGAGAGAACAGGUUGGACAUCCAUUUGGCCCCAAGACCGAUAAGAGGGAAUGGAAGCCGAGACCGCAUCGAGGGUGUCCACAAACAGGAACUAAUCGAGGUGAACAAAACGGUGCGCACUUUCAACGGCGCCAGUGCAGAUGGAGUAAAGAAGAGGCAGCCAAAGGUUUGCUCCAUCAAGUCGAAGAGUGCCGACGGUAAUAGCAGGAUUCUUGGUGGCGUCUCGAAUGUCAAAAGUGCUUUCAAAGAACAGGAAAACAAAUCUAAUGACGCCUCUAUGGAUGGGACAAACGUCACGAGUGUAACGGGGAACGAUUUAGAACGGCACCAAACUGUGAAGAACGCGGAGAUGCGUAAUAUAAACUCCGAAGAGGAAUCUCAGAUGGGAAGAAAACUCACCUCAAUAGAUACCGAAACGAAGUUGGUGAAGACGAUGCAUAUAAACAAAUUGUCAUCGAACCAGACGGAUGAACCACUACAACACACUGUGUUAGUGCAGAAGGGGGACGACGUGUCGCAUAAGACUCAAGGGACAAAGCUCCAAAUGGACCCCUCGUCAAUUACUCAGUGGAACAGUAGGACUAAUAGGGAUGAAGCUAAGUGUGGGAGCUACGGUGAGCUCAAGGAAGGGGGGGUGACAAACCCAAGUAACAGUCUGCAGUACGGAAUGAACAAGGAAGAUUUUAAAAAGAUAGAAAAGAUACACGAAGAGAGCAUCAAAAUUUUCAAAAAUAAAAUGAACGACAUGGGAAUGAACAGCGAAUCGUUUGGUAGCAUCCAAAUGAUGGAAAAAAAAAUGAAGGGAAGUUUUGUCAACAGUGGGACCUAUGAUUCUGAUAAUAAUAUGGGAGAAGAGUUCCCAUAUAACAAGGAGGCUACACAAAAAAAGUACAAAAUUUUGUGCAUAAAAAAUUGCCACAAAUAUGGAGUUAGUGGAUUAUGUGUUAAAGAAUCCAAUAGUAAAGGUCUUUCCAUUUUUAGUAGCUCAAUAAAUAAUAUAAAGCUAUGGGAUGGGAAAAAAGCUGUGUGGAAUUAUGACCAUGUGAAUUUAAAAAAUGAAAAGAGUACAUUUAUAAACAGCCUAAUUGUGUCUUUUCAAAAAAAUUGUUUUUUUGCUGGCAUCAAUAGCUAUGUACACCUAUUUGACAUUAGAACAAAUCCAGUAUCGUUACAGAAAUAUUAUUAUAGUGACAAAAAUGAUGGUAGUUUGUUAAUUUCUCUUCUAAAUGAUAAGUCAUAUUAUGUGCCUUUUUUGUUACAAAAUGGGGGCACUUCCAGUUGUAGCGGCGCAGGUGAAGAUGUGACUGGGCAUGUGCCAUGGGAUACCUCCCUUAAGCACCUACCCUACAGGGAAUGGAAAGAAGAAAACGCUGGUAAUGCUUCACACGAAACGUCCAGCACAAACCAUGGCAGUGUGAUUCACGAAACCUGCAAUGAGCGGAGUAAUCAAACAAGCAUCCUUACCCAUAGCAAAGGAGAAGCAGCUGAGGAAGACGCAAUGGACAAAUUAAAACUUAUAAGAGAUGCUGAGAAUUUCCAAUCCGAGUAUUGCAUAUGUGCCUGUGGAAAUGAAAACUUUAUUAAAGUGUUUGACAUACGAAAAAAUGACGACAAUAUGUGGCUAGCCAAAAUACCAAUAACAAAUAAAAUUGAAUACAUAACACAAAUUCCAAUGAAAAAAAAUGGGAAAAAUAUUACAAAGGAUUCGAAUAUAUUAAAAAAUAUAAUUAUAGCAAGUAGAGAUAAGACGGUCAAAAUAUGGAAGAAAGGAUGGGUGUCUUUUUAUCCUCCCUCAUACGAUUGGUGUACAUCUCUCUCCAAUUUUAACCUUUCUGAUUUGAUAAAAAAUAAAGGUACUCCACAUCUGCAAGAGGAGUCAGCUGAAUAUGCAAAUAAUUUGUUCAAUUAUGAUUCGUUAAUCGUGUCUGGAAGUAGAGAUUCUCACCUGCGCUUUUGGCUUUACGCAACGGAUAGCACAACGAAUGAAUUUAAUCGGUUCAUGAAAAUUAUUAAAAAUGCCCACAUGGUCGACAUAACUAGUAUAGCCAAAUAUCAAACCAGUGGCCUGGUUACAACGGAUAGAGACGGAUUUAUCCAAAUGUGGGAUUGCAACUUAUUCAUGAAUGAUAACGAAAAGGCUUUACUAGAUAUGGACAUUUAUAAUAACCAGCUUAAUCUGGCUGUUACCAAAAUGGGCAAAACGCUGAGGCACUCACCAAAUGCUAUCAACAAGGUCGUCUGUUAUGAAAACCAGUUUUUAACUGCCUCAAGUGAUGGGUCCAUUAAAAUAUUUAGUGAAAAAUAA